AAUUUUUCUUUCAGUGCUUUCGGAACUGCUUCACCAGCCACAAAACUGUGCUGAACAUUAAGAAAUUCUUUCAUUCGAUCGUCAGUUAGCGCCGGGCUAAGAUCUCAACCAAGAAGAGCGUCUUCUUAGCGUUGUGCGGUUGAUAGAAAAAAAAAAACAAGUUUUGUUGUAGUUUUUUUUUCUUUCUUUUAUUUCUUUGACAUUUUGUGCGAAAUGAUGGUGCUGUUGCCGCUGCCGCCUAAUUUGGAGAAGAACGAAAAUGUACCGAGUGCUAAAAUCAAUUAGCAUACUCUAUAGGAUCGCUUUGUUGUUGUGGCCAUUGUUUUGCAAAGCGGCUGAUUCGACCAUUCUGAAUGGAUCGUCUGUGUUUGGCCAGGCGCAGCUGCAGGCCCUCAAGAUCUUUGAUAGCGAUCGACCCGCUCAGCUAACCGCGCGCAGUUUUCUCUGCCUGCCCUUCUUCCGUGUAUUCAACUUGGAGCUGCGGCCCGACCUCCAGCUGGCCGUCGAUGAGUUCAUCGCUGUUAGCGGCGAUCAUCCGGCUCUGGGUGCCUGGAAUGUUGCCAAGGCGCUGACGCUGCGCGCCCAGAAUAAGCAGCGCAGCAAAUGGUAUCUGCGUCGUUGGAUAUGCGCCAGCCAUCGUGUCUACUAUCGCUAUCUCAUCUAUACGCUGAACGCCGCCGGCCAACGUGUGCUGCGCCGCUGGGAGGCGCAGCAGGUGGCGCGCAUGCUGCAGACCUACGAGAUCUAUCGGCCGCCGGGCGUGGAUGUCUUUGGCGAGGCCUAUCCCCGAUCGGUGGGCGGCGGGCACUCGCUGGAGCGCGGCUGGCUGCAGCGCGAAUACGUCAUCGAGCUGAAGUUUGUUUGGCAGCAGCAUUUCCUGCUCGCUGGCCUCACCAGCCCACAGCAGAAGCUGCGCCUCAAGCUGCGGCCGCUGGGCGUGCUGGACAAUGCGCUGAUCGAGGUGUCGCGGUACGCCUACAAUCGCUCGUCCUUUCGGCCGCAGGGUCGCCAAGGCGUCAAGUAUGCUCCAGGCGCCAUUGUUAUCUUUCGCAUCAGCCAGGCGCUGGAUGUGUCCAAUGCCUUUGGGCUGACCAUCUAUGAGCCCGACGCCGGCGCCGUCCAGAUGCCGCUGGGCGAGGCAUAUAUACUGCCCGAGCAGCUGCGCGGCAGUCGCGGCAUUCUGAAGCUGGCCAUCCAGGGUCAGCUCACCCAGCAGGUCAUAGGUCAGCUGACCUUGCCCUAUCUGGUGGUGCGACCCAUGCCGAAUGCUGCCAGCAGCAAUUUGCGCGUCAGCUUCCAGCGCUACUGGCCGAACAACUGGCCCACCCUAGACGUGGGCAACCGCGGCCUGGGCAUCGGCCAUCAGGCGCUCGUGGAGAACACCAUCGAAAGUUUUCUGGCUGUGCCGCGGGCCAAGGGCGACAUGGUGCACCUGGAUGUGCAGCUGACGCGAGAUUACGUGCCGGUGGUUUGGCGUGGCUUUGGCUUCUACACCACCAGGCGGGCCAAUGCGCAGCGCGUCGAGGAUCCCUUCGAUCUCCGCUACGUGCUCGUGCGGGAGCUCAGCUAUGCGGAGCUCAAGGCGAGUCGCGUCUUCCUGCUGACGAGCUGGAGCAUGCAGGAGUACACACACCUGAAUGUGCGCAACGUGAGCCAGCCACAGCGACUGUUUCCCAAGUUGAGCGAGGUGUACGAGGCGCUGCCCAAGAGCCUCGGCCUCAUCGUGGCAGUCAAGUGGCCGCAGCUGAUGGCCUCGGGCGACCUGGAGUCCACGCAGUCGCUCAACAAGAAUGUGUUCGUGGACAGAAUCAUCGAGGUGACAGCGCACUAUGGCUGCGGGCGGCCGCUGAUCUUCGCCAGCUUCGAUGCCGACAUCUGCACCAUGAUGCGGCUGAAGCAAACAGCCUUUCCGGUCAUGCUGAUGACCACGGGCCGCACGGACAUCUGGGAUAAGUACAUGGAUCUCAGAACCCAAUCAUUUCUGCAAGCCAUCAACUUUGCCGAGAGCGCCGAGCUGCUCGGCACUGCGGCCCAUGUCAACAACUUUCAGCAGAGGCAAAAGCUGCUGGAACUGGGACUGGAUCUGAUGCAGGUCGUCUUCGUUUGGGGCAGCGCUCUGCAGGAUGUGCAGCAACUGGAGCUGUUUCGUGCCAUCGAUGCCACCGGGCUGAUCUACGAUCACAUUGACCGCGUGGGUCCUGGCGAAUGGAAGCGCGCCCCCUUCUUCCGGGCACCCCAGCUGCUGGAGGUGUUCGGUGGCCAAUGCGUGGCCAUUGGCAACUCCAGCACAGUGCCGGGCGCCAAGCCCACAAAGCCAACGGUCUGGCCCAAAAUGAGGAAAUGAGUAGUCGUACUCCUCCAUUAAACCCACUA